CUCUGCGCUCCGUUCAGUGUUCCAGCAGCAGCGGAGCGCAGCGCAGCGCCACGCUGACCGUCUGUCAUUACGCUCCGGAUCUCUACGCUUUUGCUGGACCAGGGAAGCCAACCGAGUGGAUAACCCGAGAGAACGAGGGGUCUCCACGGCAGAGGUUAGGACGAGGACGCGAUCCGCUUCUUCGCCAUCUGCCCCAUCAGCGGACCGAGUGCCAUCGGUCAACUCAUCCGGGACGGGUGCCAAACAAUAAGUCUUGACCUGUCGCCCUUGGAAGAUCUGCACUAAACAAAUAUUUGAGGCCAUUAUAUCUAAUUUCACCGAGGCGGGCCGCCACCAGGAAGAUCAACAGCGAAGGGUGCAGUUAAGAGACGAAAGGAGAGAAGGGAACAGUGGGGGAGGAAGAAGUAGCCCUUUCAAAGUGCACCCCUGCCUAUUUCUGCAACGCUGUGGGCAGGGAGCAUCUUAUUUAGGAGCACUGUUGGCUGACAAAAAAAGCACUUCCCCGUUCCCCGCCUGGUCAGAUGCCUGGGUAAAUACUAGAUAGAGAUAUCAAUUAGUCUGAGUUCUUCCACCGCCCAACAAAGAGACUGCAAGCUAUCUAUAGAAAACACAGCAGCAAACUUGGACUUUGCGGUCACGCGGAUUGCCACUUCUUCAUAACCCUUUGAGAAAGAUUCCGGAGCUGUGAGAAACGGGAAUGAGAGCUGCUGUAGUUUUCUGCUCUUAGAAGCUUCCCCCAAAGCCAACAACAGCUCACUGUGGGGACCGGAAGCUCUGAGCCAGUUUAGAAGCUGCGGGUUUUGAUGUCUUUCCCAGCUCAGUGAAGUAACAUGAAACCCCUCACUCCAAUCGGGUCCCCCUCUCCUCUGAGGCUUCUCAACAAGGGUCCGGAUUACCUGCGCAGGCAGAUCGACGGCGGCGGUCACGGCCGUUCAGUCAGCGCUGUGGAGAGGCUUGAGGCCGACAAAGCCAAAUACGUCAAAAGCCAGCAGGUGAUCAACACCAAACAAGAACCAGUGCUCGUGCCCUGCACCACGCCGCCGCCUCAGCCUCGGAGAGCCAUCUCUGUCCCUGGUAGUUUGACCCCUCGCCUUCCCCCACGCCGCUCAUCCAACACCCCCUUCUCCACCCUCUCCGGCUCCUUCACCUCAAAAGACGAAAAUGAAAACGACGAUGCAAGAAAAGAGAACAGACGGACUUCCGUUGACGUUAAAACGCAUAACAGGAGCAACGGGAGCAAGGUUAUGCCUCCAAGCCCCAGGACGCCUGGAAUCAACAGCCUGGUUGCGCCGCACAGCGCCCCGGUUCUAAGACGGAGUACAGGCAAACGUAUGAUGAGGCCAGACUCUCUAUUAAUAUACAGGCAGAAGAAGGAGUGCAAGAGCCCCAACAGCUCAACACUGGGAGAGAACAAUAACAUCGAGAUGAAGGGAUAUAGUUUCGUACGUCGCCUCUUCCAGGGUUCAAUGAGAGACAAGAGUGGAGGUGAAAGAGUCCAAAAGAUGGUGAUUGGUGAGGAGAAAGCACCAUCGCGGGAUGGCGACUCCAGAAUGUCUUGGACCAACGACAAAGAUGCUACAGAUGGAGGACCAACGACCCGGAGGUCAAGCAAAACGGACCAAGAACGCACCCCAGAGUCAAUCCAAAGUCCAGGUUUUAACUGCACAUUUGAAACCACAACAAACGGCUUUACAAAUAGCCCCGACGACCAAAUAAACAGAGGCGUCAUCAACAUCAGACAUGAUGACGACAGUGAUCCAUGGAAGCGCGCCUCACCGAUGCCACGGAGAAGGCAGUUCGGAGAGCUGCAGCGCUCCAAAUCAGACCUGCGUCUACGCUGUUCGGCAGCGUUAUCAGAGCAGGAGCAUUUCUUUGACUUCUGCGGACUGGACGUGGACAUGAUAGAGCGUCUGGGCCGCGACAAUUUCCUUUCUAAUGCCAGUUCCAUAGACACGCUCUCGCUGGCCCUGCGCAGCGUAGCAGGGGACGGCUGCGGCGGCUCAGAACCCAGCGAGUUCUCCCGCCACUCGGGAGACGGGCUGUUUCAGGAAGAACUGGCGGAGCAGCUUCCCACUGGCGUGUCCAUCAUCGAGAGAAAUGCUCGUGUCAUUAAGUGGCUGUAUGGGUGCAAGAACGCAGCUCAAGAAGGACCCAAAGAGUCAACCGUAUAGGACGGGGACUGAGGAUUUACAGAUGAAACCAGAAGUUGACAUACACUGUAUAAAAAGACACAGAACUUUAAACAUUUCCAAUCUUAGAUUAAUUAGAACUACCAAAACAAUCUUUGCAUUACCUAAGUGCCAAAAUAAUGAAAAGAGCUUUUGAUAACUUUCUUCAAAUUCAGAAGAUUUCCUUCCUAUUUAGUGAAAAGAUGCCUUUUAAACUAUCUGACUUUGCUUCUCACAUUAGUUUGCGAGAAGUAGGCCCAUUCCUACCGAUAGAUCUGGUGUAACUUGGUCAGUUUUAAUAUCUGCCUUGCUAACACAAACUUUUUAGCCCUGCCCAGAACUUUUCCAUGUCUUCUAGAUCAUUGCCAUGUGAUAGACACUCCAAAACAUUAACUAUGUUGUCUUUAAGCCACCUCGUAACUAACUGGUCGUAUGGCUUGGGUCAUUGACCAUUUGGAAGAACCAAUUGUGCCCAACCUUUAACCUCCUGGGGGAUGUCUUAAAAAAUUGCUGAGAUAUUUCCAUAUAAUAUUCCCCCUUUUCCCUCAAAAUGAAAAAAAAAAUGGCUGUUUUGUUUCAUCUCUCACCAUGACAUGUCACCAAAUAUUAAGGUGUGUUUCAUUGUGUGCAAACUGCAACGCUGCCUUUGAUGCAGUUGGCUUCUUCCUUGAUGAGUGGCGUAUCAGCCUUUGUUGGUACGAGGCUUGUUCCAUUACGGCUUACUAGUUUCAGCCAUCAUCUUCACCAGGUCUUUUGUUAUCUGGGCGUUCCUUGAUUAUCUAAAGGGACUGUAAUUUUAGUGUAUGCAAACUUCUGAAUUUGGAGUGAAAAUGUUCUAAUACUUCUUUGGGUUCUGGCAUUUAGGGGAAAGAAAUAAUCUGGGUAAUCCUGAUUGUCCUGAAACAAGAAAGGUUUAACCUGAUUUAUUGCCCGAAUGUGAGAAAAACAUGGUAAUGUGUCUUUUUAUGCAGUGUAUAUGAGCAUCUGGUUUCCACAGUAUGUGCCGUGGAAUGCUAAAUUUUAUUUUCACAUGAACUGCAAGCCAGUGCUUCAUUAAAUGCUUGGUAGAGAUUAAGCUCAUAAGUAAAUUCAACAGAUGACAAAUCUAUUUUUGCCGCAACAAUUUACAAAGUGACCGAAAUCACAGUUUUCAGUCAGUUAUAAUCAACUCUUACAACUCGAAAUGGAUUUUUGAUUUCAUUUGUUUUCUCAUGAAAACAUCAAAUUCAAACGUGCAUAUUAAUUAAAAGUUAGUUUGCAAAGAGAGCAGCAAUUUUAAUGCAUAAACUAGUAUUUCCCUACAGACACCACCUACUGAGUGAUACUGUGAAAUUAAGGGGUAGCUGGUUAAUUUACUAUGCCUGUAGUCAUGUGUUGAAUUCAGUUUGGUUUAUUUAUAAAGUACCAAUUCACAGCAAAUGUAAUUUCAAGGAAGUUUACAUGUAAAAACUGGUCCGGUUCAUAUCCGUUUGUAUAUAAACUCCAAUUUUGGUUCAGUUCAGUUAAGAUCAAGUUCCACAACAAUCCAGUUAAAUGUAGAUUUAAUAGUCUACUUUAAUCCUAGUUACUUGACAAUGCAAUACAAUUAAAUCCAGUAAAAAGCUAUCUGUACAGAUAAAAAAAAAUAACAAAUCAGUGUACAAUAAUAA